AUGUCCGCCCAACAGACAUUGGGUAACCUCGCCAAUGGCGCCCACCUGAAGCAGAAGCGUGCGAGGUCACAAUUGAGUUGCAUUCCCUGCAGGCAGGGCAAGCUGAAGUGCAAUCGAGCUCGCGAUCCUGCCUGCGAUCAGUGCAUCAAGCGGAACCGAGAGCGUGACUGCCUGUGGGUGCCUCCUCCCGUGAAGCAAAAUCCAGCGCAGAAUGUCAAGGGGAGGAUCAGACAGCUCGAGGACUUGGUGGUGGAUUUGAUGAACCAGCAGAACAGUAGGACUGCGCAGUCGAACGGCGAGAAAGAGCGACAGAGAGGAGGUUUGAACGGUGAGGAGAAUGGAACGACCGGUGAGAGCAGGACGGCGGCAUUUGGAGAACCAACACCGCCUAGCGACAACGACGCGCCUUUUUCGAGACACGAUAGCAAUGCCUCGUCAGGAGAAGGGCACGAAGAUGUGGAUGGCGCAACAAAGCCCUUUGGACAAAUGCGGAUCAGCAAGAACGAGAUCAGCUAUGUAGGAGGGACACAUUGGCAAGCCAUAUUGAAUGGUAUAUCGGACCUCAAGCGAGAGUUGGGCGAGGAGAGAGAAACCAGCGAAGAGCAGUCCAAUGGCCAGGAAGAGGAGGAGGAAUCGCAAAACCUCUACGGCAAUCCAUACGGCAAUAUCACUCUCAGUGAAAUGCCAUCUGGCGAAAUGGGUCCCAUCCCACCCAAUGCAACAUCUGGUAUCAGCUUCAUGCUCGGUACAGCAGCAGUUGUCACUCGGGAACAGCUGAUACGAUCAGUGCCGGAGAAGAAAGUAGCCGAUCGCCUACUGAGCUUGUGGUUCAAUUCACCUGAUCCCUUGAAGUCCAUUAUUCAUGCACCAACUUUUCAAGACGAGUACCGGAGAUUCUGGAAGAAGCCAAAUGACACGCCAACCAUGUGGCUGGGGAUCUUGUUUGCAAUCUUGAGCUUGGCCGCAUCGUUUGGCUUGCGCGAUAGCGAUCCAUCAACGCCAAGCGCGAAAGCAAUCUUGCAGGAUGUGACAAAAUAUCACACGCUGACAGCUUCGGCCGCUGUCUUGGCAGACUUCACCAAGCCCAAGCAGUAUACCAUCGAAUGUCUCAUUCUUUAUUCGGCUGGACUGCGAAGCAGCGAUGCCUUCGUCAACGUCUGGCUCAUGAUAGGACUCGUCAUUCGACUGGGACUGAGAAUGGGUUAUCACAGAGAUCCGGCCAAUUAUCCUGCAAUUUCGGUAUUCCAUGGUGAGAUGAGGCGAAGAGUAUGGGCGCUCAUAAGCAUGGUUGAUGUGUUGAUCUCAUUUCAACUCGGCCUGCCUUCAAUGGUGAGUCCAGAGCACCUUUACGUAGUUGAAGAUUUCCUGCUUCCUGAGCAUUCUUGCAAAGAGGUGGCAAGAGCCUCCGACAGCAGCUGUGGUAUCUCACAAGCCGCCCUUCCAAUGCGAUGAGAUGCAGCAAGCGCCGACGCGUUUUGAACUAGACUAACAGGCUACCAGGUGAAAACGAUCCUCUCAGACACGCUACCAUCGCGAAACCUACUCGAUCGAGAUUUCAACGUCGACACCAAAGUUCUGCCGCCGGGAAGAGGCGUCGAUGAACUUACUCCGUCAUCUUAUACGCGAGCAAAAUCACAAAUCACACGAAUUUUCGCAGACGCCUGUGAGCUGAGCCAUUCUACGAUUGCGCCGCCGAUGGAGAAGAUCAUGGAGCUGGACCAGCGCCUAGAGGAAGCAAAAGCCCGUGUGCCUCCGCUCCUACAGAUGCCGGAGAUCAGCGAGCUGGUGACCGACCCAGCAGAGCAGCUUAUGUGUCGGUUCAACAUUGACUUGCUCUAUCUCAAGAGCAAAAUCGUCUUACACAGACGCUACAUGCAAAAGCCAUUCGCCGAAUUAUCACAGCUGGAGCAGCAGGUGGGUAUCGGUCAAAGUAGGAAGGCAUGCAUUCAGGCUUCCUUGCGCGUGCUUCAGCAUCACCAUACCAUCUACAGUGCCAGCCAAGCAGGAGGACAGCUCGAAAGUGUCAAGUGGUACAUGGGGUCGAUCUCCACCCACGACUUCCUCCUGGCUGCUAUGGUGAUCUGUCUCGAGCUAUCACAGCAACUUAGCCUCGACUCGCCGGUGAUGGACCCGGCCGGACACCCUUGCCCACAUCGAGCAGCCAUGAUGGAUGCCUUGGAGAAAAGUCAGAAGAUCUGGUCGGAUGCUAGCCGACGCAAGCGCAGACCGAACCAGUUCGCAGGAACAGAUGAGCAUUCGAUAGGCAAUCAAAUGUUUGGCGAAACCGAAAAGGCGAGCCGUGCGAUGGCAGUCAUGCUGGACAAGGUGAAGGCACGCUUCCCCCAGCAAGCGAAUGCCCUCGCACAAGUCCGAGCCGGGGAAUCGCCUCGGUCAGCCAGCACGACCACGAGCGGUGACAAUCCCAACGCACUGCGCAACUUCAUGCAAUCCUACGGCCACACCCCGAGCGGCAACGCCCCUACUUUCGGAGGCAUGAUUUCCAACUACCAAUGGGGCAACAUGGCAGGCGUUCCCGAAUCCCUCGCAGACCUCAGCGCCACGAAUUCCGCCUACAACAUCUCACUUGACGGCGCCUCUUCCUCGUCUCCCAACCUCUCCCCUCCAGAACAACAACAACAACAACAUCAACCCCAAAUCUCCCCCCCAACCUCCCUCGACGACUUCUCCCUCCUCGGCGACAUGCUCGACAAGAACGGCAACAUCGACUGGGAAAUGUUCGACGUGGGCAUCACCAGCCGCGCCGCCGCACCACCACCCCCCGCCGAUGAGCACCCGGAUCCCUCUCAUCCUCAUCAUCAUAAUCAUCAUCAUCAUCAGCUCGGAGGAGGAGGAGGAGGGAAUCAUGCACUCUCCCUAUUACCUAUAGCCGGCAACGUGCUCAUGGGCGAGGGGGGCACCGGGCCCGGUUCCGGCUCCGUGUUCCCGGGAAAUAGUGGUUGGAUGAUGGAUGAUGGAUCUGGAUGUGAGUGAUGCGGAUUUGGGGAAUGCGGAUCCUGCUGGGACGGGGUUGUGGGGAUGAUUGAUUGAUUGAUUGAUUGAUUGAUUGAUUGAUUGAUUGAUUGAUUGAUUGAUUGAUUGAUUGAUUGAUUGAUUGAUGAUUAUCAUGAUGAUUAUCAUGAUUGAUGAUUGAUGAUGGGCAUGUGGAUGUGGAUGUAUGUAUGAAUGACUGAAUGAAUGAAUGAAUGGGAUGUACGAUUCCUGACAAUGUGUGAAAUCUAUUUUUUGUUCUGUUUUAUGAUGUCGCUACCUUAGGCAGGUAGAUAAGGUAGGUAUCUACAUAUCUACGUGCCAAAGACUAUUAGGUUGUAUAAGGUAUAGAAUUCAGGAUUUUGAACACACAACAGGGAAAAGAUUAUGCAUGCAUGCAAGGACAGACAGACAGACAGACAGACAGAGGCACUUGACAUCCACUUCCACUUCCAAUUCAACAGAUGGAAUUCAUUUGAUCUGGACAUGGAAAACUUGCACUUUUCGCAAGAAGAAGAAGAAGAAGAAGAAGAAGAAGAAGAAGAAGAAGAAGAAGAAGAAGAAGAAGAAGAAGCUGCUGUCUCCUGUUCUCGUCCGUUGCCGUCCGUUCGUCCCAUACAACGCAACGCGGAGGGAGAUAUCUGUCACACACACACCACUAUGA